GCACCCUCCGCUGCACGAGUCGACCCAUACGCGUCAUGAAUGUCAGAGGCUUGGUGGCAGCCCUCAAUGGUAACGGACGAUAUGCGUACAAGAACCCCGAGUUUGCUGUCGACUACUUGGUUAUUGGCGGAGGUGUAGUGGGCUUGGCUAUUGCCCGUCAAUUGGUUCGGACGUUCCCGUCCAAAUCGACAUUCCUGGUCGAAAGGCAUGAGAGGGCAGGAGAAGAAAUCAGUUCUCGGAACUCGGAGGUUGUUCACGCCGGUCUAUACUACCCUGGCGACUCGCUGAAGACGCGCCUAUGCAUCCGAGGAAGGCAUCUCAUGUACGAGUAUUGCCGCGAACACAAUGUCCCUUACAAGAAGGUUGGCAAACUGGUCGUAGCGCGUGACGAUCAGCGACCAUACAUCGAGGGCCUUCAUGCGAAGGCCGGCAAGAUGGGCUGGCCCCUGCAUUCUCCCCCGUCUCUGGCACAGACCGCAGCGUUACCGACACAACUGAUCAGCGGGGAGCAAACACGGGAGCUCGAGCCUGACCUGUCCAAAAGUAUCGUAGCAGCACUAUGGAGCCCAGAUACGGGCAUCGUGGAUUCCCAUGAGCUCAUGGACAGCUUCGAGGCCUGCGUCACCGAUGGAGGCGGCGAGGUAGCGUACCAAACGCGCGUCGUUCGAGUCGAUCCAUACAAGCCGGAUACGAGCUCAGGCUCAGAGCUGCAAGAUAGUGGCUGGGUGGUACAAACGGUUACGGGAGAAGGAGACAGCGACGCAAUGCUCGCUCGGAAUAUCAUCAACUGCUCAGGUCUUGCCGCACAUCUCAUCCUGAACUCCCUGCUGCCGAAGCAGUCCCGCAUCCCUAUGUACUACGGUCGAGGUUCGUAUGCAUCGUACCGAGGACCGGGCAUCAAGAAUGUCUCUCAUCUCAUAUACCCGUGCCCUGAUACUGGACGCACCGUUCACGGCUUUCAGUCGCUAGGCACGCACCUCACUCUCGACAUGCAAGGCAAAAUCAAGUUUGGACCCGAUCUCGACUGGCUUCAGCCUCCAUCUUCUCAGACCGACAGCGACCUCGUUGACGACGCUGAUCCCGAUUUUUGGCAGAAUCAUCUCAUCCCAGACGAAAGCAGGAUGGGACAGAUGAUCGACGCGGUCAAGCAAUACCUACCCGAGGUCAAUUCAGAAGGCUUCCAGCCGGACUACUGUGGUGUCAGACCGAAGUUGGUCGGACCGCAGGGCGGGUUCCGAGACUUUGAGUUCCACACGCACUAUCCACACACGUUCCUGGGCCCUCAUAUGGAUCCCGGAAGGGUACGCACACCGAUGAUCAGCCUGCUGGGGAUCGAGAGUCCCGGGCUGACAUCGAGUCUGGCGAUUGCGGAGAAGGUCGUGGAGGACAUGCUCUGCGGAGAAAAUGGACAAGCAAAGGAGUAAAACAGUGUAUUAUAUCCGGACGGAGAGUACAGUCGUGUCUAUGCACCCCGCUGAGCAACCUUCGGCUCCCAAGCCUCGUAUUUGGGCUUCGUCGUGUUGUAAGAUUUGUACGCGCCCCUCGUGCCGGUCAAGUUCUCGUGGUACGGCUUUUUGA